AUGGCGACGGUCUCCGACAUGAUCUUAACCGGACAUAUACCCUUUCUCGAAAUCCCCGCCGCCGCCGUCGACGGCGAUGAAGCCGAUGAUGAGAAAAGCUUCAAAACCUCUCCUUUUUCUGCGGACGAUGAAGACGACGACGACGCAGGAUCGGUGAAGGGAAGGCGAUCCGGGAUUGGCGGCGCCCGGCGCCGCCGGCUGUGGAAUCGAGAGAGGAAACUGGAUCAGGCGUGGGAGAUGAAGAAAUCGCGAGCUGGUUUCUUAGAUGGAGAGAGUGGAGAGUGUUUGGUGAUGGUGAGCGCGCGAGGGAGUAGCGGGAAAAGGAUAUGUAUGGACAUGGAUGAGGUGAAGGCAUGUCGUGAUCUCGGCCUUCAAAUCCCCGGAGAUUUCACGGUCGAGAUACCGGGCGGCUUAUCAGGCAACAGCAGCGGCGGAGAUUCCCCCAUCUCGGGCACCGGGGAGAAUGCGAAAGAGAUUAAGGCGAAGCUCAAAAUGUGGGCGCACGCCGUCGCAUUUGUGUCGUCGGCGGCGCGCUCCGUUGAGUGAGAGGCGGACCGCCGGCUUUUGAUUGAGAAGCCCCCAGUUUUUUUAGGGCUUUAUCGUCGUUUUUUUAAGAUUUACAUAUAUACCACUCAAUUUCUAUAUUUUUAC